AUGAAAGAGAAAUGUGAGCAGUUCAAAAUUGUGCAUCACAAUUCUACUCCAUACAGACAAAAGGCCAACGGAGUUGUGGAGGCAGCCAACAAGAAUAUAAAAAAGAUUCUCAGGAAAAUGGUUCAAGGCACUAGACAAUGGCAUGAGAAGCUGCGUUUUGCCUUUUUAAGAUAUCGCACAACAGUGCGCACCUCGAUUGGUGCAACUCCUUAUUUGCUGGUGUAUGGGACUGAGGCUGUGAUACCUUUGGAAGUCGAAAAUCCAUCUCUUCGAAUUAUUGUCGAGGCUGAAAUUGAAGAUACUAAAUGGGUCAAAACUCGACUAGAGCAACUCACAUUAAUAGAUGAGAAGGGAUUGACAGCCGUCUGUUUUGGUCAGCUUUAUCAGCAAAGGACGGCUCGUGCAUGCAAUAAGAAGGUGCACCCAAGACAAUUUGAAGUAGGUCAACUGGUCUUAAAACGCAUUCUCCCGCACCAAGAAGAUGCCAAGGGAAAGUUUGCCCCAAAUUGGCAAGGUCCAUAUCUUAUCAAGGAAGUGUUGUCCAAAGGAGCCUUGUAUCUUACUGAUGUGGAGGGAAAAAUCGCAGGCAUAAUUGUUAAUGCGAACACAGUCAAAAGAUACUACAUCUAA